AUGGGCUUUUGGUCUCCCAUGACGCUGCCCCUGUUCUAUGACGACCACCAUGACUGGGACCAAGUUCAUGCAAGAGAGGACGAAAGCCUAGGGUUCAGGAUUGAUGGGAAUGUAGAUGCUCCUCCUUCUCUAUCCCACUUCGACGAGCUUCAAGGCACCAGUCCACUACAAUCGUCGUCCACUGCCUCGGGGAGUGCGGCUGACCAUGUCUUGGACGACCUCAUCACGAGCCGCCCGCCGACUGCCGACCCCAAUGCCGUCUCUGCGGACUUCUUCAAGGACCGCAGUCACCGGUGCGAGUGUGUCCGGGUCCUGGCCGAUAUACUCGAGAGGAUCGACCGCGACGAUGGCAGCGAUAGUGAUCAAACUGAACACUUCGAUGACUUACUCGUGGACUUUCGUGAUGGCAUCGACACGUCCAUCGACGUACCUCCUCCGUCACUGAGCGCGGGUAUCCAUGUGGGCAAAUAUACAGUUAGGGCAACGACGUUGACAUUUGAGUUUGUAUUUACCAUAGUCACAAUGCAUUUCAACGAUCUUCAACGGCUUCUAGAACAUUUACAUGAUGAAAUUAAGACUGGAACAAAGGCGUUCAAACUUCUUCAGGCUGCUGUCGACGAUGUAAGAAGGGUUUUUGGCGACUUGCAAAUGAUUGCAAAAGGACGAUCAGCUGCAAAUAGUCUGGAACAGAGAAAACGAAAGGCUGCAUUCUAG